GAUAACAUUACUUCGGAUGUCAUCUUACCUGACGAUACUUUUUCAUUACCUGUGAGUUGCAUCCAAAUGACCUCAGAUGAUGUCUUGCCUGAAGAUUUUUUACCUUCACCUGUGAUGAAGAACAAAAUGGACUUCUGAAGAUCAUCUUGCAUCUUGAACAGCACUUUGGUGUAUAAUUCACACCUCAGAUCAUGGCAUCAACAAAUCUGUUGUUAUCAAGAUUGCGCGAUUUGGUCAGAUAUGGACAGUGGAGUGAGGAUGAUGUUGUGGAUUUGUUCACUGCCCUUGUGAAAGAAUACGGUGUAAAGAGAUUAAACACUGAUUUCUACACAUGGAUGGCUAAAAUACUUUACCAAGUGGAAAUUCACAAGAUCAACAAGUCAGAUUUAUCAUCUGAGAUUAAACCAAACCAGUUUGUGGAUGACAUUGAAAACAGAAUUAAAAGCCUUGCUAAAGAAACAAGAGAGAAAAGCCUCAAAGAAAUCCUUGAAGAAAUUCGAACAGAAGGAGACACUGAUCUCAAUAUUUGUGAAGUUGAAAACAUUGUGUCAUAUGUGUCAUCAUCACCUGUUUCAAAAAACCCAUCAGGUAUAAAGGAGACAUUAAUGAGACUAUGUAACGCAGUAGAAAAAGCCAAAGGAUGGAAACCAAGGCUGACUCAGAUGGUGAGUUGGUGCAUCAUGGCUCUUUCUGAUUCCAGCCGGUUAAUCCAGGUUGGCACAGGAGAAGGAAAGUCAUGUAUUGUAGCCAUGUUUGCUGCAUAUCUUGCCAUGAAUAGACAACAUGUAGACAUUAUCUCCAGUUCCCCUGUGCUUGCAGAGAGAGAUACUGAGGAGUGGCUUCCAUUUUAUAAAAAUCUGGGAAUCACUGUGGAUUACAAUACAAAUAAAAGAAAAGUUGAAGACUUGAGGCGGUGUUAUGCAUGUCAGGUAGUCUAUGGCACAGCUCAAGAUUUUGCAGGAGACUGGUUAAGACACAGGUUUCAAAGAGAAAAUGUGAGACCUGAUAGAAAGUUUGAAUGUGUCAUAGUAGAUGAGGUGGACUCGCUCAUGUUGGACAAAGGCCUAGAAAUUGUCUACCUGAACAGUGAGAUGCCUGUCAUGGAGUCUUUAAAUGUAAUCUUAGCUAAGAUUUGGUGUGUUGUCAACCAGUCUGAAGAUCUGGAUGUAGAGAAGACACUGGAUCUCAUUCGCUCAUUAUUAGCAUCAGAUGAUUUAGACAUACUGCCAUCACAUUUAGAGAUCUCCACAAGUACAUCAGAGCGGGAGCACAACAAAAUCCACAUUCCAGGUUUUCUAGAGCACAUAAAUGAGAGGCUAAAAAUAUGGAUUGAAAAUGCAUUUCUUGCCAAAACAAUGACUUUAGGGCAUGAAUACAUUCAGCAUGAGAAUGGUGUAGUUCCUGUAGAUUUCAGAUCUACAGGAGUCGUGCAAAAUAACAUGAAAUGGGGAGACGGACUUCAGCAAUUCCUAGAAAUGAAGCACCAAACCAGGCUGUCGAAUAUGUCCAUUAUAACAAAUUUCAAGUCCAAUGUAAGUUUAUUCAGGAGUUACAAACAGAUUUAUGGGCUCACAGGAACUUUGGGGAAACAAAACGAACUUGAUUUGCUGCAGAAACUGUACCCUGGCAUUAAAUCAUGUAAAAUCCCACCAUUCAGACGAAGGAAACUUUACGAGAAGGACGGCAUUGUAAUUACUGAUGAAGAUGGGUGGGUAGAAACAAUUUGUAAGGUUGUUAAUAACCAAGUGAACCCCACAGUCUACCGAGGUUCAAGAGCAGUCUUGGUCAUCUGUGAAACUAUUAAACGAGCACAAACUGUCCAUGAUGCACUCUCAAAAACUAUUCCAACAGACAAACUGAAACUGUACACCAAUAACAAUAUGGACAAUUCAAUGAUUACAGGCAAGGAGGUUACAGAAGGUUGUGUCAUUGUUGCAACCAAUCUUGCUGGUCGUGGGACUGACCUAAAAGUCUGUAAAAAUGUAAAUGAUUCAGGGGGUCUGUUUGUGGUGCAGACCUUCUUGCCUCUUAAUAUCCGUGUGGAGCAACAAGCUUUUGGUCGAACUGCACGAGAAGGAAACCCUGGUUCUGCUCAACUCAUCAUGUGUUCUACUCACUUCUCUGAGUCAGUGAAACUGGUCAUGGAACUACAUUCUCCUCUCGGGUUACUUACCCUCCUGAGGCAUCUAACAGCCACUUUAGCUGUGACAGGACUGACUGAAAAUAAGUUUGAAGAAACCCUUACAAUUUAUCAAGGAGAACACAAUGAAAAGAAUUGUGAGGCCAUGGUGAAAGAACUUAGAAAAUUGCUAAAUGCUGAAAAGCCAAGCGGUUUAACAAACCUGGAGGUGGAAAAACAGUCUAGAGAUUUAAUUGUGCAAACAAGACUGUCACAUAUUCUUGAAGAUGACAUACCAAAAAUCACCAAAAAGGAAGAUCUCUUUUCUGACUACCUUGCCAUAUUGGACACCAUUUACAAACAGCCUCUGGGUGGCAACCAUGAAGAUAUUGUGUCUUCACUUCAUGAGUGCUGGGGUAUGUGGCUUCUGAUGAAGUUCAAUGAGAAUGAAUCGACUGAAAUAUUAAGACAGCAGUUAAAGAAAGACUUGCAAAGUGCAAAGCAAAAACUGGAUUGUAAACAGUCUCCUUCCACUAUGAUCUACCAUUAUGUAAGACUUGGCAACACACUCCGCAACAAAAGAUCCUUUGCAGACAGCAUUGAGAUGUACACAAGAGCCAUUGAAAACAAUUCUUGCUGUCCUGCCAUUGCUUUGUACAAUCGUGCAUUGUCCAUUCUGUCUAAAGGAAAUAGUGGACAUAUUGCUCAGGCAUUGUCAGACCUGAAGAAAGCUGAGGAGGCAGUAGACUCCUACAUGAGAAAGUUGACAUUGACUGUGGACUUUGUGAAAAGCUCCAGCAACGAUCACUUUUUGUUUUCUGACACCUCGUUUACCAAGCAAUUUUACGCCAAGCAAAUGGCACAGCAUCGAUUAAAAAAAAAUAUCCAGCAAGCAAUACAAGUGUUGCAGUUUGCUGAAAGUAAAGGUUAUGAUGUACGGAUAACAGAUUACCCAGCGGAACUUCUGGUGUUGAACCCUGUUCUUUUAAGAUCAGAUGAAAUUAUAAAGGUCCUGCGAUCGGUUGUCGCCCUGUCCAAGGUGUCCUCUACCGUGUUCCCAGAGUCUCUUAGCAUUAGCUCAAGUACAGAAAAUGAACUGAUGGAUGGAGUUACCGAGCUGGGCCGAGAGAUAAUUCAACUCCAGUCACUGGGACUGGACACCCUCUUCUCAGUACAAACAGUGUUCUCUUUUUUUAAACGUUUGAGUAAAAUAUUCAGUUAAAGGCUCAGCUAAACUAUUUGACAAAAAAGUACAGCAAACAUUUUCAGCACAUAUCCUUUUGGCAUCCAGUAGGGAAGAAUUGAAGUAUACUGAAGUGCUGAUUUAGAAGAGCCUCCUGAAUAUAGCAAGACAUUUAUUAAAUAUAUAUUUUUAUAGACAUCUUUCUAAUCAUCAUGAUGACAUCAAACUGCCAGACAUUAGUAGCAAAAUUAAUAAUAAUUAAAGCCAAUACUGCAAAUUUUCUCAGGCUAGUACCUUUGCUAUUACUUUUUCAAGUGACCAAUGAUAUGGUCCUAUUCUAUUAUAUGUACCUGUCCUAUUGCAAUGUUUUUUUAUUGUUAAUACAAGUCUUAGACUUACUAACCAAAAUGGUAUAUCUAGUAACUCUUCAGAGUACUUGCACAAUAGUAAGUUUUGUACCUUUGUGGAUCACUGGGUACAUAUUACUCAUACCUAUACUACCUGUUCCUUUAUCUUUAUUUCUUUAUUUUUUUUAAAGACAUCAUUACUCAUUCUCUUUGAAAUUCAGCCAGUGUACUCUUUGUCUAUUUAAAAUAAAUCGUCAAAAAGCUGUCUUUGACAUCACACCUGAUUUCACAGUGACAACUUAUUACUUUCAAUAAUUGAUUUACACAAUAUACCAUUAGCCCUUUUUCUGCCAAUACAGCUCUGACCCAUCAAGGCACAGACUCCACAAAACCACUGAAGGAGUGAUGAGGUAUCUGGCUCCAAGAUUUUAGCAGCAGAAGUCUAUUAAAUUGCUACAUAGUGCCUCCAUGGAUCAGACCUGUUUUCCAGCACAGCUCGCAGCUCAAUCAACAAUCCAACUAUUUGGCAUGUUCAUCAAACCAAUCCUAAACAAUAUUUGCAGUGUGCCAGGGGUGCAUAAUCCUGCUGAAGAAGGCCACUGCCAGGGAGGGGUGCAUCAGAGCCUGUACCAAAAGAAGGCCUGUACCAAAAUCAAACAUGUGGACAGGAUGCUCCGCUCUGACAACCCCUCCCUAACAGGAAGCAGCCCUGGAAAACCACAACAUAUUAAUCGAUCCAGUAACACAUUAAUGGUGCUUGAUUAAUUAAUAAUAUAAUUUUAAUUCCCUCCACCAUCAAAAAAAUGUAGAAUUUUUAAAAUAGAAAGACAUUCUCCAUCUUUAAACUAAAAGGUAUCUCCUGAUUAUGUAGUUGUACUUUUUGACCAUAUACUGCACGGUUAAAGAAGGGUAAUGAUUUCAUUCUCCGGUGUCACCCAGACAAGGAUGGGCUUGAUUUUGAAUCCUUAUUCCUCGUCUCAGUAAGUUUUAUUGUUUUUUGAAUUGAUUAUAUAUAUAUUCAUGUAAAGCUGCUUUGCAACAAUGUCCUUUUUUAAAAGUGCUAUACAAAUAAAAUUGAGCUGAUUGUCAAAAA